UUCUUCAAAGGUCAAAACUCAACUAAAACACUUUAUUUUCUUUCUUUUACUAAAAUUUGUUUUUUUUUUAUUUCUCUCUCUUCCCCUUUCUCUCUUCUUUUUUUUUGUUUUUUUUCUAAAAUGGAAGGUGGUGAAGAAUGUAGCAGCAAUGAGUCUGGUUGGACUAAAUAUAUAGAUCCUAGUGAUCAUAGUAGUAUUGAUGAUGAUCAUGAUGAUGACCAUAAUCAUCAUCAUCAUAAGCAUAAUCAUCAAAAUUAUGGGCAUGGAUAUGGGUAUAAGAAAAGCAAGGAUGAUGAUGAUGAUGAUGAUGAUGAUUCAUUUGCUUCUGAUGCUUCUUCUGGUCCAGGAUAUCAUCAGUAUUAUGGCCAUGAUGUUGAAGAAUACCAUCAUCAUCAUAGUCAUAAUCAUCAUGGUAGCAAGUCUUUAUCAUCAUCAGGGAAGAAAUCUAGCAAAGAAGAGAAAGAAAAAAUAGAAAGGAAUAUUGGAAAAGGAAAAGAGAUUAUAUUGAAGACAAAUAAAUCAAGUACUGGGUCAUUUUUUAAACCAAAAAAAGGUAAGAAACAAAAUUAAAAAUUAGUUAUAAUUAUUACUUAGUUUUUACUUCAUGUUUGGUGAAUAGUAUUAAAUGGGUGGUGAUAGAAAUAGAUUAUAAUGUAAAUUUUUAUGAUAUGUAUCAUAUUAUUUUCAGGUAAUGA